AUGAAAGAUUCAUAUUCAGUAAAAAAAUACUUAGUUUAAUAAAAAUAAUAAUCAAUUGUUAUGAACAAUACUUUGGGUAUUAUGAAUAAUAGGUUUCAUAAGAAAGCAAUAUUAAGUCGAAAGAGAAAUACAUCAGCAGAUACAAAUACUAUCAUUCAAAUAUAAAAAGGAAACAAAAAAAAUGAAUACUACGAAAGAUGGUUAACCAAUUAAAAGUAAUCCUAAUUAAGAUUGGAUUCUGAAUCAAAUGUAGAUAAUCAAACACCAUAGACACCUAAAGCAUAGAUUCCAAUAAAAUUUGAACCUAAAUUAAUAAAAGACUUAGUCUAGAAAUUCUAUGGAGUUUGA